UUUGCGUUCUGUUUGUGAGAUGACGUCACAGGGCGCAGGAAUGGCGGCGCUGGCUGUAAGAGGAAGGCGCCCGGAGAGCUUCAAACUUUACUCUUCGCAGUAAUCAACAGAAUUGAAAAGAAAAGACAAGAAAACAAAUCAAGGAGAAAGAAAACUUUCGACAGCUGCACUUUGGGAGUAAAACUAUUGUUUUUUAACUUUAAAGAGGCAGAAGAAGAAUGCUGCACUAAAAGCCUGGGGGUGACUUUUAAAAAGAUUUUUUGGGCUGUUGUCGUUAUUAGCAUUCUUAUUAUUUUAUUUAAAAGUUUGCCUCCAUCGCCGCCCAUCACUUCCUUCACUUUAUCUUACUGCGCCUCUGGCCUCCUCUUCCAGAACGCUGCUGGUGUGCUGCUGAGGUGUUCGUGGAGCCCGUUUAUUUUAUCCUUUUUUUUCGCUCUCUUCAUGUUAGAAUGGAAAGUUUAACCCUGAGUGAUGUGGAGCAGAAAUACUACUCGGAUUUGUUCGCGUACUGCGACACGGAGAACACCAAGAAAGUGGCAUCCUUCGGCCGGGUUCUGGAGCUCUUAAGGGCGGCCCAGCUCCCCAACGAGGUGGUACUGCAGAUUAAAGAGCUUUGUGGUGCAAAACGACUUGGUCAUUUUGGACGCAGCCAAUUUUAUAUUGCCUUGAAGCUAGUAGCCUUAGCUCAAUCUGGUCUGCCUUUGAGGGUUGAAAGCUUAAACUCUGUGAAGGAUCUUCCUCUGCCUAGGUUUGUAGUAGCAAAAAAUGAACAGGAGUCAAGACACGCAGCUACGUACUCUUCAGAUUCAGAAAGUCAAGGAACGUAUUCAGGUGUCAUUCCACCACCACCAGGCAGAAUACAGUCUAAGAAGACUUCUGGUGGUCAUGAAAUGAUUCAACCUCGUGGAUCAACAACUGAAUCACAGCCUGAUUCUACUUCACCAGUUGUCUCCCCAAGUCAGUCUCCUCCCACAUCUCCACACACCUGGAGAAAGCACAAGCGGCAUCCCAGCGGAGGAAACUCUGAGAGAACACCAGGUGCAACUGCAACUGUCUGGACUCCUUUUGGAGAAGCACAACCAGGCUCAGUCGCUGGUGAUGGGAUGUGGCUCACCCACUCUCCUCCACCUGUUCAGGAAAGCUGGGUCAGUUUUACAGAUACACCUCCAACCAGUACCCUCCCAACAAUGCAUCCAGCUUCAGUUCAGGAGAGCACAACGGUACGAACUGUGUCAUCUGCUGCAACAGCUAAAGAAAUCCGAAGGCAAUCAAGUAGCUAUGACGAUCCCUGGAAGAUAACUGAUGAGCAAAGGCAGUAUUACAUUAAUCAGUUUAAAACCAUUCAGCCAGAUUUAAAUGGCUUCAUUCCAGGGUCUGCAGCAAAAGAAUUUUUUACAAAAUCGAAGCUACCUAUCCUAGAACUUUCACAUAUUUGGGAACUUUCAGACUUUGACAAAGAUGGAGCUUUAACACUAGAUGAAUUCUGUGCUGCUUUCCACUUAGUUGUAGCCAGAAAAAAUGGUUAUGACCUGCCAGAAAAACUGCCAGAAAGUUUAAUGCCAAAGCUUAUUGAUCUGGAUGACUCAGCAGAAGUGAGUGACCAGAAUGCCGAAGUGGGAUAUUCAAGUUCCCCCGUAGAAGCCCCACCCAGCAAAUCUCCAUCUAUGCCGUCUUUAAACCAAACUUGGCCAGAGUUAAACCAGAGCAAUGAGCAGUGGGAGACUUUUAGUGAACGCUCUUCAAGCUCACAAACUCUGACCCAAUUUGAUUCUAACAUUGCACCAGCUGAUCCUGACACCGCAAUUGUCCAUCCUGUUCCCAUUCGCAUGACUCCUAGUAAAAUUCACAUGCAAGAAAUGGAGUUGAAGCGCACUGGAAGUGAUCACACCCAUCCAAUAAGUCCUUUAAUAACCAAACCACCUGAGCUUCCCGAAGAAAGUAAACUGGCAACUUCAGUGAAAUUUGUAUCUGGAAACACAGUAGAUGGCUACAGUAGUUCAGACUCUUUUACCUCUGAUCCUGAGCAGAUUAGCAGUGGAAUAACAAGACAAAGGUCACAUUCAGGGACCUCGCCAGAGGGACUGAAAGGUGUUGCUCCACCCCCACCCCCACCAAGACCUCAUGCCUCACAUUCACGCUCCUCAUCAUUAGACAUGAAUCGAAACUUUACUGCAAUAAGUGCAGGCCAGCCACAAAGUGGUGGAGUUACCUAUCCUCCUGCAGUGCCUCCAAGACCACAACAAGCUCAGGUUUCAGGACCCCAUACACAUCGCUCACUUGAUGGCGAAAGUAUAGCUGCUCACUCUAGCACCUCCCCUCAGCAAAUACCCGAGCAACCAAAUUUUGCUGAUUUUAGCCACUUUGAAGCAUUUGCAGUUGAACAGUCCAAUGAUGAAAGUGAAAAAGCAACAGAGGUCAUUCAGACAGAGAAACCCACAGAACCAGGAACAAACCUGAGAGCUGGUAAAGGUGAUGCCUGGCUAGAUGAUAAAACACCAGCUUCAACCAACUCCGUCAAAGGCUCAACACCUCUCGCUCCUCCACCAAAGCCUGUCCGCAGAAGAUUGAAAUCGGAAGAUGAGUUACGACCCGAUACAGAAGAACCAUCUCAGAAAUCAAAUGUCGUGGCAGCAAUUCUGUCUACACAGCCUUCAAUUCCAAGAUCUGUUGGUAAAGAUAAGAAAUCAAUUCAGGCUUCAAUCAGGAGGAACAAGGAAACGAAUACAGUUCUGGCCAGACUUAACAGUGAAUUACAACAGCAAUUAAAAGAUGUUCUUGAAGAAAGAAUUUCAUUAGAAGUACAACUGGAGCAGCUGAGACCCUUUUCUCAUUUAUAACCCAUCCUUCGUUUCUAAACAAAUCACUAGGAGCGAAAAGUUAACCCCCCCACACACAACCUGAGCUUUUUUUUUUUUGUUGUUUUUUUGGACCUCCUCAUUCAGCUUUGCCUCUUACAACUACAGCACUAGUCCAUGGUGCUUUGAUUCACCUGGCUAUAGAACUUGCACUUGUUGCUUCAGUACAGAUAAUCUGUUUUCAGAAAUGAAGAUUUCGAAGUGAGGAGGUGUUGGGAGUGAAUGUUCUAAAUGAUCGCACUUUUAUUUAAAAUUGAAAUCUAGUAAUGUAAGUUGGUCCCCUUUUACUCAAAAACAAUAAUAAUAAUAAAAAAAAAAAAUGAAAUGGGAAUAAAAAGUGAAUUGGUGUACUUGAACAAACUACAAAAUGUUCCAUCGAGUCUUGUGAUGCUAGAAAUCACUAUGUGGUCGGGCGUGUGCAGAUGACCCUGUGUGUGUGAGCAGAACACGUUAAACUUUGGUAUAUUUUGGAAGGUAACAAGACGACGACGCCUGCACUUUUUUUUUUUCCUCUCUCUCUCGUGCUAUGCAGAGCAGUUUCAUCCAAAAGAAGGAAUCUUCCAUUUUGUCCCAUCUUUUUGUAUUUUUGUCUCCGUGUCUCCUCCCAUCAGGUAAUCCCUUCUACAAUGACCCCCUCCCCACUUUUUAUUUAUUGUUUUAUUUCUUUUACUCAAAAAGUAUUCUCUUGACAUCCUUCCUGCAUGCAUUUGUAAUUUAAAUUACAACCAUUGCAAAACUGGCAAUUUUUUUCCCUCUAUUUGUUUGCCUGCUUGUUUGUUUUCUGAGUUUCUCUCCCUGGAUUGAGAAUUGCUUGUGCGGUGUAGUACAACUUCAGAUCCAUGAAUUGUAUUUCUUCUGGUUACAUUUGAGUGACACCCCAAACUGUUGUCGGCUUUUCCUGCGUGACUCCCUGUUUUUGAACCAAUGAGUGGCAAGCUAGGAUUGCUCUCACUGGGACCAGCGCCGACAAGUGAGUACAGAUACCAUUGUCCUCCUCCUCUUCCUCCUCGAAGCCUUACUCUUGACACUUGAGCAAGUAGUGAGAUGAGAGUAUUUGUCUGUGUGUUGAACCAAGGACAGCCUUUUUGCCCUCAGUGCUAUUGAUGUACUGUAUAAGGGGUUUGUUUUAUAUUGUAUGAUACACACCUUUUGAUCUCGUUUGUAAAUCUCCAUUAAAAUGCUGACUAAUGGCAAAUCCUUGAUUGAAUUGCUUAUACUGGUGGUGGGAUCCUCGGUGUUCAGCUGCAUGGAUGUAUCUCUGCAGAAAUAAAAAUACCAGCUGUGUGACCUUUUUUUUUUUUUUUUUU